GGGUUUCUUUUCGAAAAAGUUUUAAGAAAAUAAUUUAGUUGAUGUAAUCAAUUAAAAUGUCGCAACAACUAGAACUACUAACCGAGGUUCCAUCGCAAUGGUUAAAUAUAUCAAAUAUAACACCUGACAUACAGAGGAAAGAAAUAAAACCAUUUGUUGUUUUGGCCCUCAAAGAAUUGGAAGGUAACCCAGACAGCAGAACUUCGAGCUUAAUGAGCGCGGAUAAGUUUGCAGCAGUGCGGGAGGUGGUGAGAUAUGUGGCCCGGGCCCGGUCGGCCACUAAAGAGGCCUGGGAACUGGGGGAUAUGAAGGUGUUCUUAGAAAGUUUGAGAUUCUCACCAGACUGUAUAGCGGAGCUGGCGACGCUGCUGUGUGCGGAGCAGCUCUACACCAACAUACCCACACACCUGCGGGUGAAGCCUGGCCUGGCCGGCAUGCAGUGGAAAAUUGACAUGUCUCUUAGCCAAGCCAACAUGGAAGACAGCACACCAGAGCAUCUAAAACAAAUACUCCGCCGAGACACCUACGUCAUACUCAUACUCAAACUGACAGACGGACAGACACGCACGUACAGGUUAUCUAUAGCAAAAUUCCAUGAGCUACGGUUCGUGGUCGCGAGCGCGCUGAAAAGCAUGAUCGUGCUAGAGAAACGAAAGUGUAUGAGAAAAGACUGACAUACGUAUUCUUGGGGGUAGUUUACUCCAUAAACAAAAGCUAUACUCUGUAUCUUUAGGUAUUUAAAUAAAAGUAAAGAAAAUCUACCCUGAAAUGGCUCCUUAAGCCAGUUGAGGGUAGAUGAAAACAUUACAUGAUCGAAUAAUGUAGGUUAAAGUCAGGUCGUUCAGUGACUGGUCCAGGCGGUUUUGUAUUUGGUCGGUUAACCAUUACAUGUACCCGAAAAUUUACAAAUUGUUUGUUUACUUUUAUUUAAAUACCUAAAGAUACAGUACAGACAUAGGGAUAAUAAUCGAGGGAUGAGCAGUCAAACCCGAUAAGUCGAGAUAUUUUUUUAUUCAAAUAUGAAUUCCACGCACGUCACAUAAAUAGCUUGGCAAAAAAGAGUAGAAAUUUAAAUUACCUAUUCAUAUGUAAAAAAUAUCUGCAUGGGAACCUGAAAGGCCUAACCACAGAAUAAGUAAUAGUACUUCCAUACAGAAAUGACACUUCCUACAAAACCGAAGUUUGACAGCGAUUCAGAAUCGAAUCAUGAUAUCCAUUUCUAACUUAUGACAUCUUUUCGGCUAUUUAGGGUUGUCAACAUUCCAGUAAUUAUCUUAUCUGUGGUCGAGCACGCAAAGGGAUGUCAAGUUGUGUCAACCCUUUGCUCGGAGCAAUGCUGAGCCGAACGGAGCCGAGUUUGACCGAAGUCAGGAGUGUCUCCCCACUGGCACAGAAUAAAUAAUAGUACUAGGUACAGAAGACUCACUCUCUAACAAAACGCGUCUGUUACGACCAGGACAGAUAUGGCCGCUAGGUGGCGACAGCGCCACGCGCGGCUUAUGGCUAGCCACCAAAAUUGGUGUGGAACGGAUGUACUUUUAGCUACCUGUUGCAAAGCGACGAAGUCGCGGAGUGAGCCACGCCUGCCACUGGCCUAACAGGCGUGGCAUUCAUAGGGUUAGUCAAAGAUUCUUUGAGCGUAACA